GGAAGUAAGGGCCUCUGAUGUCACUCCUAUAGGAAACCGCUCUUUCCCGUAAUCAUGUGUAGCCGAGACAGAAGCGUAUCAGAAAAAGAGUGACAGGAUAGAGUUCAUCGGGGAUCCAUCUCAGAACCCUUCUGCCAGCAAAACCCUAUUUGACCCUGGUUUUCAUCACUCCGGCUGGGUGUAUUCAGCACUUAUCAACUGUUUACAGUACUUGCUGCCUAUCUAGCCUCUGAUUAUCCUAUAAAAGCACCCUUCAAACUGGGACCAGCUCUACUCCUAUAAUCCCCCUAACAUGCUCCUAGCCCCCGUGGGGGUAAAGCAAUGUAAUGGAGAAAGAUGUCUCUUUAUUGGCUAAAGCCUCAAACUGCAGGAGAUGGCAAUCAACAUGGCAGCUUUGAACUACUGUAGAUGAAAACCCAUUUUGUAUGUAAAAGGCUGGGAUGCUGUGUCACUGUUACCUUACGCCAGGUGAAAGGGGAGGGAUUGUGGGACUGAGCACCACAGGCGUGUCCACGAGAGGAGGGAGAGUAUUUCCCAGGCUACACGUAAGGAGAAGAGAAGAGGAAGGUGCCAGUACCAGCUGGGCUGGCUGAGAGUUAGACAGUAGUGGGAGAAACAAGGAUGGAGACUCCAGAUGGACCAUGGGCAUGGGUGGUGCUGGCAGCUGUUAUGUUGACACAGGGGUUGAGUUUGGGCUUCCCCUCCUGCAUUGGGAUCUUUUACACAGACAUUCAGACUUCCUUCCAAGCCUCCAACACAGAGACCUCAUGGUUCCCUUCAAUUAUCAUGGCUGUCCUGCACGCCGGAGGACCACUUUGCACUAUCAUGGUGGAGAGGUUUGGCUGCAGAGUAACAGUAAUGGUUGGAGGACUCCUUUGUGGGGUGGGGAUGGUCACCAGCGCCUUCUCUCAGACCAUAAUUCACCUGUACCUCAGUGCUGGGUUUGUUGGAGGUUUGGGGUUUUGCUUCUGCUUCCAGGCGGGAAUCACUGUGCUGGGAUACUACUUUAUUCGACGGCGGACAUUGGCAAAUUCAUUGGCCUCCGCCGGGGCUUCUAUUGGAAUGGCAUUGUGGCCCCUGGCAUCUCAGCACCUUCUGGAGACCAUGGGCUGGAGAGGUUCCUUUCUGCUCUUUGGGGGUGUUCUGCUCAAUUGCUGUGUGUGCGGCGCCAUUAUGAGACCUGUCAGAUCUCUGGAACCUGCUCAUGAAAAGGAGGUGUUAGCACCAGAAGAACCAAAUGGAAUUAAACACAAAGGAGAGAAGACAGAACAGGGCAAAGGCUUACAAAGGUACAUGGCUUUUGACCUCCUGUUCCGACAUCGUCGCUACCAGAUCUACGCCCUAGGUGUCACCUGGAUGGUUCUAGGCUUCGUCUUACCACUUUUUUACUUGGUCCCAUAUGCCACCAGCAAUGACAUUGAUGAGAAGAAAGCAGCACUUCUUCUAUCUCUUGUUGGCUUUAUGAAUAUAUUUAUGCGUCCCAUGGCGGGGUUGGUAUCUCAACAGAAGGUGUUUCAUGGACGGCUUAUGUAUCUUUUUAGCGUAGCAGUUAUUUUAAAUGGACUCAGCAACUUAGUUUGUGCAAUAUGGGUGUCGUUCCCAGCCUUGUUGACUUACUGCGUCUUAUACAGCAUUACCAUGAGUUUCAUUGGAUCACUUAUCUUCCAAGUACUGAUGGAUACUGUUGGGAUGAAGAGGUUCCCUGGAGCUUUCGGCCUUUUCACCAUCCUUGAGAGCAUAACUAUCAUGGCGGGACCACCGCUGGCAGGUUUGCUGGUAGAUAUAACAGGUCAAUAUGGACUUGUAUUUUAUGCCAGCAGUAUUGCAGUGACUUCAUCUGGACUCUUCAUGGGUUUGGCCUCCUUUGCAGUGGACAGGAGCGAAGCAAAGGCCAGAAGGUGCAGCCAAAGACCUACAGAAGCCACAGAUAACAAAGAUAACGGUGACGCAAUAUACUCUCCCUGUAAGCAGGAAGAUUGUAUAUUGUGAGUGAACUGUUUGUGGGGAGAAUGAUUACUGACUGCACUCAGGGAUGUCAGUAGAUCUGCAGUUUUCUUCAAGCGAAGGCUGGAUUCGGAUCCAUAGCAUUGAGACAAGGUGGUGAAAUAAUUCAGGCAAUUACCAUGCACAAGGUGGACUUGGGAGAGAUAUGUAAUCUGUGGGAAAAAAGAGGAUUUUCCAGAACCAUGACAGAAUUUCUGUUCUAAUAAGCGUGGGGCGGAAUAACGUCUUCUGGCAGGAGGAAAAUAUCAGUAUUCCUAUAGAACUGAGCUGAGAUGUUUCUUUGUGAUGUGAGCGUGAGGAUGGAUGAGCUCCUCGUUUAUUUGUCAUUCUCUUUAGCGUGGAAAAUGGGGAGUGAAAUACUCCUGUAUGGAUAUGCUACUGUUACUGAGAGGAGAUUUAUGGUGUUGACAAUGCUUUAUUUAUGAAUAUUUGGAUCUCUGCUGUCAAGUCAUAAAAGCACAUUUAUCUGGAAGUCAAUAUUAUGCAAUGAAGGUAAUUGCUUCUUCUAAAAGCCUCUUUUUGCUCAACACAUUAACACUGGCCAACGUCCAAAGAUUCCCCGAUUAUGUAACGUACUUCCUACAGAUGGUCACAAACCAAAGAAGGAGGGUUUGCGGAGACUGCAAAUGUCAUUUUUAUCUGUGGCCUUGGCUCUGAAGGUGUAACAAUCAUCAGGCCAGUAUUCUAUAUCGAAUGGAUAUGGAGGGUAUAGCACUUUGGGUGAAGACACACGGAGCUACUAGUAGCAGCUACUUGUCACAGCUACUAAAAUAGACAAUGCUGAUCAU